AUGUUUGACAUGUGGAGUCGUAGUGGAGUUGUGGAUAAGAUGAUGAAAGACAGACAUCAAGAGGAAUUUCACAAGACCAAGAGCUGCAAUGUGGUCACAUGUCCCAAUGCCUCCUUCACUGACCUGGCAGAGAUUGUCUCUCGAAUUGAGCCUGUCAAACCAGUCCUGUUAUCAGACGAUUACCAGAUGGACUAUGAUGAUUACCAGACGGACUAUGAUGAGGAGGCCAGAGAAAGUGCUCUCUCUGACUUUGACAUGUCUAAUCCCAACAGUGGAGUGGAACACACAGAGGGGGAGGAGACUGCAGACACAGCUGACACAGAUGAAGAGAUUCAGAUCAGGGUCCGACAUCACCAAACCAAACGACCACCAAACCGCUCAGACAAGCGGCAGGCCCAGGCAGAGUACAGUGCUGCCAAUGAGAUUUUAGAGAAUGAUCAGAAAGCCCCACGAGGUGGAAGGACCCUGAGCAGGUCACUGCCCAAGCCAGGACUGUCAAUGGAGAGCAUUGUGGAGCGGGAGAAGCGUAGGCGGUGUACUCUGAUAGAGCAGCACAACGGGUUGCAGUGUUCCGUGAGGGCCAAGGGGUCUCACCUGCUGGAGAUGGAGCAGGCCAUGAAAGCCCUGGAACUGGACUCCAAUGCGGAUGGAGACGAGCAGCACUACGACCAGCGUGUGAGAGAGCUGGAGAACAGUCUAGAAAAGAUGACCAUCAAAAUCACAGAGGCUGAGAGGAUCCAAAAAACCUACCUGCGAGUCUGUGACCACCUACAUCAGGAGGUGCGUGAGAUGCCCAUGGCUCUGGAUCAGCUGCAGAACUCAGUGGUCAGCGGGCAGACAGAGCUGGGAAAGGUGGCCCACAUGUCUCACACCGCAGUGGCUGCUGUGGACUGCACUAAGGUUCGAAGAGGGACUAUCAGAGAGGGACUGGCUGAAGAGACAGCUCAUAUCAGAGCCCAGCAGACCACCCCUGUCUCCACUACUCCCCAGUCCAUAUUCAAACUGGUGGAGGAUAUUGAUGCUCUGAGAGAAGCUCUCAGCUGCACUGAUCUGCAGGAGCUGGAAACACGGCUGGUCUCUCAGAAGGCCAUCAGGGAGCAGCUGCACAACCAAAURACCCAGUGUGAGGAGCUGGUCAGGCAGAGCAUGGAUACCUUGGCUGCCUUGGAGCUCCAGUACGCCCAGCUCAAGUUCAGCGCUGGGCCCAGCUCUGACAGGUUUGAGCAGCUGAAGGAGGAAAUGCAGGCGGAGCUUGAGCAGGAAGAGGAGCGUUGCAGCCAUUGGAAGGACAAGCUUGGAAAGGCCCAAUCAGUGCUGCAUGGGGUGGAGAAGGGUGUCAACAACCUGUUCUUCAGGAUGAGCUGCGUGCAAGUGAAGGACUCUCCCAGGGAGUUGGGGGGUCUGGAUGCAAUAGAGAAGCUGAGGGAAAUCGGCGCCCGUCUGCCCACACUGCAGACCACAGCUUCAGAGAAGACUGAGGAAAACACAGCUGACCAUGAGAAGGUGUGGAGCUUCCUGGAGCAGAGCACCAUGAUGGAGCCCAGGAACUACAAGAGGGCCAGCAGCCCUGUGUAUGACAGUACCUCAGAAGAUACAUUCCAGUUCCGCAGUCAGGAGGAGGACUGCUCCAUGUCCCGCGAGGAGAUCAAGCGUCGCAGCAUCCAGCUGAUCGAGGUGCACCAGCCAAAGAAGAAAGCUCAGAGGAGCAACACAAAGAGCUAGAGACAAGCUCCAGCUGUGGCCCUCUAUAUCCUACAGGGAGUAAAGCUGAGGAAAUAAUAAACAGGCUCCUAGUAUGAUUUU